AUGGAGAACGGAACGUCGGGCGAUCCGAUAUUAUCGAAUCGAAUCGAUGCGAUUGUGGCCACCGAAAAGCACAUUGACGACAUGAUGAAGUAGGGCAAAAAUUAGAAUUAUUCUCAUUUUUUCAAAAAAUGAAAUUUUUCAGGUGCGCCCGUGAAAUUAUCAACGAUUUGCACAAAGAGAAGCAAAUUAGCAAAGUGAGCAGACUAGCAUUCUUUUUUUCGAAAAAUCACAAAUUUUUUGUAAAUCUCAGAACUUUCAGAACAAAAUGGACGAGAACGCAAACACGUUCAAACGGCUCAUAACGACUGUGGAGAACGAGCUCGGCGCCCAAAUGCAAUACUUGUCGCACGUUUGCGUCGGCUCCUCCCAUCAAGGUCUCAUUUUUCGACAAUUGGCGGUUACGGUCGACGUCUGCGCAAAAAGGAACAAUAUAACAUUGUAUUUUUUCCAGGCUCGACGUUCGGAACGCUGCAGAGUUCGCUGCUGGCCCAAUCCGGGUGCUCGUCGCUGUUUUCAGACCUUUCCAACAUCAUCUCCGGCAUGAAUCCGGCGCCGAUCGCGUCCGAAUCCGGGCCGGAGUCCGUGGAAAUGGCCGAAGAGUCGCCGGCUGCGGAAGAGCCGACGACGGCCUCGACGCCUUCGGAAAACGGAACGGACGCGCAGAAGACACCUGAAGAAACGGAACGGAUGGACGAGUGA